CGCGCGUUUUGGCUCCGCCAUGGCCCUGAGGCGCGUCUUCCUGCCGCGUUCGGUGGCACCGCGCAUCGCCGCCCUCUCAACGGAACCGAAGGCCCGCGAGCAGCCUCCCGCAAGCCCGGGGCCCGCGCGGGGAUGCGGAGCGGCCGAACCUGUGCGGCGGCCUGUGCCGGUCGUGGACUUCACUAACACGGAGGAGGCGUACCGCAGCCGGCGGAGCUGGGAGCUGGCGCGCAACCUGCUAGUGCUCCGCCUGUGUGCGUCGCCGGUGCUGCUGGCGCACCACGAGCAGUUGUUCACUGUUGCCAGGAAGCUUCUGGGCCAGAGGAUGUUCGAAAGACUAAUGAAGAUGACCUUCUACGGCCAUUUUGUGGCUGGCGAGGACCAGGAGUCUAUCAAGCCUCUGAUCCGGCACAAUAAAGCCUUUGGCGUUGGCUUUAUCCUAGACUAUGGACUGGAGGACGACCUGAGCCCCGAGGAGGCGGAGCGCAAGGAGAUGGAGUCGUGCACCUCUCAAGUAGAGAGAGACGGCACUGGCACAAAUAAGAGGGAGAAGCAAUACCAGCUCCACCCCGCCUUUGGAGAUCGCAGAGAUGGUGUCAUCAGUGCCCGUACCUACUUCUAUGCCAAUGAAGCCAAGUGUGAUAACUACAUGGAGAACAUACUGAAGUGCAUUGAGGCCUCAGGCGGAGCCAGUGACGGUGGUUUCUCGGCCAUUAAGCUCACUGCACUGGGGAGACCACAGUUUCUGCUGCAGUUCUCAGACGUGCUGACCAGGUGGAGACGGUUCUUCCAACAAAUGGCUGCAGAGCAGGGACAGGCUGGCCGCGCUGCUGUGGACACGAAGCUGGAGGUGGUGGCGCUCCAGGAAAGCAUCGAAAAGAUGGGUAUCGCGUCCAGGGCCGAGAUUGAGAGGUGGUUCACACCAGAAACGCUGGGAGUGUCUGGCACUGUGGACUUGCUGGACUGGAACGGCCUCAUUGACAGCAGGACCCAGCUCUCCAGGCAUCUGGUGGUCCCCAAUGUGCAGACAGGCCAGCUGGAGCCCCUGCUGUCACAGUUCACUGAGGAGGAGGAACAGCAGAUGAAGAGGAUGCUGCAGAGGAUGGACGUGCUGGCCAAGAAAGCCAAAGAGGCGGGUGUGCGGCUGAUGAUAGAUGCUGAGCAGAGCUACUUCCAGCCGGCCAUCAGCCGUCUGACCCUGGAGAUGCAGCGCAGGUUCAAUGUGGAUAAGCCGCUCAUCUACAACACUUUCCAGUGCUACCUCAAGGAUGCCUAUGACAAUGUGACCAUGGAUAUGGAACUGGCUCGCCGUGAGGGCUGGUGCUUUGGGGCCAAGCUGGUACGUGGUGCAUACAUGGCCCAAGAGCGUGCCAGGGCAGUGGAGAUCGGCUAUGAGGAUCCCAUCAACCCCACAUACGAAGCCACCAAUGCCAUGUACCACAGGUGCCUUAACUAUGUUCUGGAGGAGCUGAAGCACAACCCCAGGGCAGAGGUCAUGGUGGCGUCCCACAAUGAGGACACGGUGCGCUUUACACUGUGCAGGAUGGAGGAGUUAGGCCUGCAUCCUGCUGAUGGCCAGGUGUGCUUCGGACAGCUGCUGGGGAUGUGUGACCAGAUUAGCUUCCCACUAGGCCAGGCAGGCUUUCCUGUGUACAAGUAUGUACCCUACGGCCCUGUGAUGGAGGUGCUCCCGUACCUGUCCCGCCGUGCCCUGGAGAACAGCAGCAUCAUGAAGGGUGCUCAGCGAGAGAGGCAGCUGCUGUGGCAGGAGCUCUGUAGGCGGCUGCGCACUGGAAGCCUCUUCCACCACCCGGCCUAGUCACUGCAGUGGCCUUUCCCACACCUGCUCCACUCAAUGUGUUACCUCAGGGGCCUCAGGCAGGGCACAGCUGUGGGUUGGGCUGGGAUUCUUAGCCCAACCUACCCUGACAGGGGUCACCCUUUUAUGCCCAAGCCUUGGAGGCGCUGAGGUGGAGCUGCCCUCUGGGACUGCCUGCACCCCAGGAGCAGACACUGUGGUAUGGGAGCUGCCCCACUGAUCUUCUGAGUAGGCACUGACCACCUCUGCAGGCUGCAGAGUUCCAGUCCAGAACUACCUUCUGCCUGGGUCUAGCCCACCUUCCCUGUGGUGGGCAGAGGACAGACUGGGAAGCCUGUUUAGUCAAUAAAUGGUCCUGUAAUUGAGA